UCCAUGACUGACACUCUUGGGACAUGAAGUGGAUACUGUUCUUUGGGGCCCUGAUCGGGCUCAGCAUCUGUGGCCGAAAAAGGUUUUUUGGGGACCAAGUUUUUAGGAUUAACGUCAGAAAUGGAGACGAGAUCAGCAAACUAGGUCAGCUAGUGAAUUCAGACAACCUUAAGCUCAACGUCUGGAAAUCUCCCUCCACCUUUAGUCGUCCCAUGGACGUCCUGGUCCCAUCUGUCAGUCUGCAGCCAGUGAAAUCCUUCUUGAAGUCCCAGGGCUUAGAGUACUCCGUGACAAUUGAAGACCUGCAGGCCCUUUUAGAUAAUGAAGAUGAAGAAAUGCAACGCAAUGAAGGACAAGAGCGGAGCAGUAAUAACUUCAACUAUGGGGCCUACCAUUCCCUGGAAGCUAUUUACCGUGAGAUGGACAGCAUUGCCAGAGAUUUUCCUGAGUUGGCGAGCAGGGUGAAGAUUGGGCAUUCAUUUGAAAACCGGCCCAUGUAUGUACUAAAGUUCAGCACCGCAGAAGGCAGGCGGCGGCGGCCGGCCAUUUGGCUGAACGCAGGCAUCCACUCCCGGGAGUGGAUCUCGCAGGCCACGGCGAUCUGGACCGCGAGGAAGAUUGUAUCUGAUUACGGGAAGGAUCCAGCCAUCACCUCCAUUUUGGAGAAAAUGGAUAUUUUCUUGUUGCCUGUGGCCAAUCCUGACGGAUAUGUGUACACACAAACUCAAAACCGACUAUGGAGGAAGACACGGUCCCACAAUCCUGGAAGCCCUUGUGUUGGUGCUGAUCCAAAUAGAAAUUGGAAUGCUAGUUUUGCAGGAGAGGGAGCCAGUGACAACCCUUGCUCUGAAGUAUACCACGGACCCCACGCCAACUCGGAAGUGGAGGUGAAGUCGGUGGUAGAUUUCAUCCAAGAACACGGGAAUUUCAAAUGCUUCAUCGACUUGCACAGCUACUCACAGCUGCUUAUGUAUCCGUAUGGGUACACGGUGAAGAAGGCCGCAGAUGCUGAUGAACUGGACAAGGUGGCGAGGUGUGCGGCCAAAGCUCUGGCUUCCCUGUCGGGCACUACAUACCAAGUGGGUCCUACCUGCACCACUGUUUAUCCAGCUAGCGGGAGCAGCAUUGACUGGGCGUAUGAUAAUGGCAUCAAGUAUGCAUUCACGUUUGAGUUGAGAGAUACUGGGCACUAUGGCUUCCUCCUGCCAGCCAACCAGAUCAUCCCCACUGCAGAGGAGACCUGGUUGGGCCUGAAGACCAUCAUGGAGCAUGUGCAGGACAACCUCUACUAGAUGAGGAGCCCCACUCAGUCUCCAGUUAUUUCUCCCCGUGUAUGCGUGCUCGCUAAAGCCACAAUUAAAGGGAGCUUGUUCUUCCAUGUGGGACUCAGAACCCGCUGGUUUUGUGGGGGGCACAUGUCAGCCCCUCCCCAGCCCUCAUCCUUGAAGUUCAUGCAUGCUGGUGGUGCACCUCAGAGAGGCGCUCUUGCCACCCUGCUGUGCUUUGGUCCUGCUGUUUCCUGAGCCCUUUGUGUGCCCUUCCUUUCACAUAAUUGCUUGGGCAGGCCACACUUAGCAUCAUUCCGUACUGGGUGGCAUGGCUCUACCUCAUUUUUAGAACAAAAAAGACAUCUAAGAUGGUUCCCUGGCCUUGUCCAAUCUAGCCAGGCUGGUGACCCUGCCCUGCCGGGGCCCCAGAGGAGACACUGCAGGCGACAAUGCCUGUCUUUGAGAUCAGUCUCAGAGGUGACAUAGAAAUUUAAUUAAUCGCACUCCUUGAACAUAUUUGUCUUUGAAAAAUAAAUCUUGUAGGGUUAUCAGUAGAGGCCAUCUUCCUUUUUUUUUUUCUGGUUUUUGUUUGGGGUCUGAACAUUAAAUAGUGGAUCCCUUCUCAUCACUGGGCCCCAAAUUUCCAGAUAUAACAGUUCUGAUCACGUUCUUCCCUUUGUUACACAUUGUAACUAGUCCCAGAAAGGGAUCUGUGUCACUAUAGGUACUGCUCACCCAGGAACCCUUAAUGAAGUGGUGAUCUAAUAGUAGGAUUGCUAAAUUAUCCCCAUCUGUCCUAAUGGGCUCACCUCUAUUUUGCCUUUUGAACUCACUUCAAAGAUCUUGCCCUCACCCUACGGGUCCUAAAUCACUCCUCUGGCCUGGAUAAUCUCACUGCCCUGGCACAUUCCUGUUUGCAGUCUGGUGUACCGUGUGUUUCCUUCUCCUGGCUUUUCUUUUGGUCUUUAAAGACAACUUCCAUUUUGCAUCCUGGACCAUGAGCGUCAAGGUGGAGCAAGGAUUCAUCAGUCAGGCUUCUCUUGUUCCAUUCCUCCUCAGCACAUACCAUCUGCCCUUUUUUUUUUCCUUUUUUCAAACAUGUCUGUAAAUCUUAUCCUCCUGCCUAGGAUUUGUGCGGCAUCUGGUGUGUGCUCAUAAGCCAAUAAAUAUUCAAUA